UCCCUCUCCCCUAAAAUGUACGUAAUUUAUGGACGCUUCCAUAUGAUCUGUGAAUCGCAAUUAUUAUUGCCAAUUCUCCUAAACGUAGAAAUCUCCCUUCCCUCCAUUCCAGAUGGCGAUCAACCCUCGGAACUGCAUCAGGUCGACAUUCCCAGCAUCCCGAACUGGGACUGCAACCGGAUGAUGGCAUUCCCGCGGACACGUCGCCUCAAGUACGGAGUCCUACCGUCCCAGUUGUGCGCCGGCGAGUUAACCGGAGGCAAAGACACCUGCGAGGGCGACUCCGGCGGUCCCCUGCAUGUGGCCUCGGAGGAUCCCAAGUGCAGCUUCGACGUGGUGGGGAUCACCUCCAUCGGAGGGAUAUGCGGAACGGCGAGGAAACCUGGUCUGUACACCCGGGUGUCGUACUACCGGGAGUGGAUCGAGUCGGUGAUUCAGGGCAGAAAGGAUGAACCUCAGAGGAACGGACGUAACGCGUAGGAAACCGGUUUAGCGAACGAAAUCUACGCCGGCCAUCUGUCGCUCACGUUGCGAUUCGAACAUCGACGGGCAGAUGGCGGUAGCGAGCACACGAUUCGACGUUUGAAACGAAACAAUCCGUACGAGGAUCGAACAUUCGAAACAAUCGUUCAACGAAGCGAACGAUGUUUGUUGAGGUGCAUGUGCGCGAGUGCGCGAACAAUAAAGACUGCUGUAUUUCUCCUAUUUAUUACGAACGAAAGAGCACCGAUUUCAUUCUGUCAGGCGGG